AUGGGCACCAUCUGUAAUAUGGGUGCAGAAAUUGGAGCCACCACUAGUUUGUUCCCAUUCAAUCACCGAAUGGCAGAUUAUUUAAAAGCUACCUCACGUGGUUAUAUUUCCGAAGAAGCUGCGAAGCACAGUAAAUCAUUGUUAACUCCUGACAAAGGCAGUAAUUAUGACCAGUUAAUUGAACUUGAUUUAACAUCGUUGGAACCUCAUGUCAAUGGACCCUUCACGCCUGAUCUCGCUCAUCCCAUUUCAAAACUUGGAGAAAAUGCCAAAAAAAACGAUUGGCCGGUUGAAAUUAAAGUUGGUCUGAUUGGAAGUUGUACAAACUCAAGUUAUGAAGAUAUGGCGAGGUGUGCUACAAUUGCAAAAGAAGCAAUAGCUCAUGGACGUAAAUCAAAAAUUCCAUUUAACGUCACUCCUGGAUCUGAACAAAUCAGAGCAACAAUUGAAAGAGAUGGAAUAGCGCAAACACUGAGAGAUUUUGGUGGUACUGUAUUAGCUAAUGCAUGUGGUCCAUGUAUUGGUCAAUGGGACCGUAAAGAUGUAAAAAAGGGUGAAAAGAAUACCAUUGUGAGCUCGUACAAUAGAAACUUUACUGGGCGAAACGAUGCUAAUCCAGCGACUCAUGCUUUUGUCACGUCUCCAGAGAUGGUAACUGCCUUAGCCAUUGAAGCUCGUUUAGACUUUGAUCCAACAACCGAAACAAUCAAGGGUGCUGAUGGUAAAGAAUUUAAAUUGAGCAAUCCAUUUGGCGACGAACUUCCUCAAAAGGGAUUUGAUGCUGGUCAAGAUACAUACCAAGCUCCGCCUGCUGAUGGAUCAUCUGUAAGUGUGGAUAUAAAUCCAAAAUCCAAUCGUCUUCAACUAUUGGAACCUUUCGAAGCUUGGGACGGCAAUGAUUUUGAAGGCCUUGUUAUACUUAUUAAAGUAAAAGGAAAAUGUACAACUGAUCACAUUUCUGCUGCUGGUCCAUGGUUGAAAUAUCGUGGGCAUUUGGAUAAUAUUUCAAAUAACAUGUUUUUAACUGCAACUAAUUCAGAAAAUAAUGAAAUGAAUAAGGUAAAAAACCAGGAAACAGGAGAAUGGGAUGCAGUACCGAACACGGCUAGAGCGUACAAGGCCAAUUGUUUACCGUGGGUUGUGUUUGGUGAUGAAAACUAUGGCGAGGGAAGUAGCAGAGAUCAUGCCGCUUUAGAACCACGACAUUUGGGAGGACGUGCAUUUAUUGUCAAAUCUUUUGCCAGGAUACAUGAAACAAAUUUGAAAAAGCAAGGAUUAUUAGCCUUGACCUUUGCUGACGCUAAGGAUUAUGAUAAAGUUCAACCAAGUGAUAGAGUUUCUAUAGUCGAACUUGACCAGUUCGCUCCUGGCAAGCCUUUAAAAUGCAUAUUAUGUCACACUGAUGGAAGUAGUGACGAAAUAUUACUAAAUCAUACAUUCAACGAACAACAAAUUGAAUGGUUUAAGGCCGGUAGUUCAUUGAACAGAAUGAAGCAAUUGGCUAAUUAA